AUGGAGAAUACCAACAGGCUUAUCAAACAAAAACCAGCAAAUAUUGACGAUGAUAUUGAGCAGUACAAAUCAUUUCUUCCUAGUUUUACUAGUGAAGGAAUAUCCAUCGAGAACCUCGCUUCAACCCCGAACAGAUUAAAUAUCAACGAGACUUACCAAGAUAUGAAUGAGGCAAGCGAACAACAGCUUACAUCAAUCAACGAGUGCUUUCAUGCCGAUCUUCGACGACAUAAUGUUGACAUCUACCAAACUAUCACCCAACAUUCCAAAGAGAUAUUUGAGGACCUCAAAGUCAUGACUACGCAGAUACUUAAUGAACAAUUCGAAAAAUAUCAUGGAAAAACCCAGGAGACUGGCAGACUUCUCGUAUUCAGAAGCAAAAUUUGUUGA